AUGCUCCGUGUGCGCCAGUGUGCACGCCUCAAGUCGACGCUUGCCGCGGUCGCGCCCGAGAUCCCAGCGUCACUGAGCGCGAUCCCGACGGCCCCCGAGUCGGGGUUUGGCCCCUUCCGUUGCAGCCUCGCGUUCUUUGGGAAGGACAAUGGCCUUGGCCGGCACCAUGAGCGUUUUGACACGCUGCACAAGAUGCUUGGCCCGAUCUACAAGUUUCGCGUGCUGCCGUUCUCGCCGUACAUGGUGAGCAUCUGCGACCAGCUCUCGGUCGCGCACGUGUACCGCAAGGAAGGGGCGUUUCCCGAGCGCUUCUCGCUCGCGUGCUGGCGCCUCCAUCGCCGUGAGAAGCAGUGGCCGAUCGGCAUUGUCAACGCGCACAACCACGAAGAGUGGAAGAAGUUUCGCGCGAGCAUGAGCGAGCACAUUCUGCAGCCGCACAACAUUACGACGUGGCUACCGCGGCUCAACGACGUGGCCAAGGACUUUGCGACGCGCUUGGCAGCGGACGCCGCGUCCUCCGACACGGUCAACGUCGCACUGCCGCUCAAGGCGUUUGGCCUCGAGUCGGUGAGCGCGAUCGUUUUUGGGAAGCGCAUGGGGUGCCUCUCCCCCGACCCCAGCACGCCCGUGCCGCCGGAUGCCCAAAAGUUCAUCGAUGCUUUCUUCGGCGUGCUCCAUACGUCCCAGGACAUGCUCAACUUUCCGCAAGAGACACCCGACUGGAUCUACAAGCUCCUUCCGGUCUACAAGGCGUUUGUGAAGCACGCCGACUACAUCUUUGACGUUGGCUCGGCGUUUGUAUUGGAGAAGAUGGCCGCGCGCGACAACUCGAUCGUCGACCAAGAUCUUCUCAGCGUCUUUUUGGCCCGGCCCGAGUUUAGUCAGCGCGACGCGGUUGCCCAAGCCGUCGACUUGCUCUUUGCGAGUGUCGAUACGACGGGCACGGCGCUGCUCUGGGUCACAUACUGUCUGGCGACAUCGCCCAACGGCCGUGAGAUCCAGAUCAAGAUGCGCGACGAAGCAAACGCGGCGCUUGCUGGCAAGACCGACAUUGACGAUGCGGCGCUCGAGCAGCUCUCGUACAUCCGCGCGGUUGUGAAAGAAACGCUGCGGCUCUAUCCAGUGGCGAACCCCAACCAGCGCGUCCUCCCCAACGAUUUGACGCUCCUCGGGUUCACCAUCCCGAAAGGCACGAGCGUCCUCAUGCAAACGUACACGAUGAGCCGGGACCCAACUGUGUUUGAAGACCCCGAGGCGUUCAAGCCCGAGCGCUGGCUUGAGCGCGACGGCAAGACUGCGAGCCAGCGCCAAGCCGCGGCGUACUCGACCUUGCCGUUUGGCUUGGGUGCCCGUGGCUGCGCGGGCCGGCGCCUCGCCGAGACCGAGAUGUACAUGCUCCUCGCCCACCUCGUGCGCAAGAUGGAGCUGCAGUGGCCAGAGGACCAAGCCCACCCGAACGCGAUCAUCAAGACGUUCAUGAUGCCCGACAAGGAAUUCCAGCUCCGUCUUGUGCCGUGGUCGACGUCCUAGAGGGUGCAGACCUCCUCCGUCGAGUGUCUUGCAGAAGAAGAAAUUAGAGUCCUUUGUAGCGUGUC